CGUGACCCGGGAGCAGCGGUCUCCGCGCGCCGGAUCCCGGAGACUCCCGGCUCCUUCCCCCUCCCUCCGGCUUGUGACAACGAAGCGCCGCGGUCUGAGGCGGCGGCGACGGUGCGGCCGGCCAAACGAGAUAGGGAGCCGGCCCUGCGGGCGCCCCGCCCCCGGGCCCUGGCCUCCAGCCCUCUCCCCCUCGGCGCUUCCGUUACGGCCGUUACUCCCUCGCCGGCCCCCGGGCGGGCCGUGUUGCCGCGCCGGCAGCUGCCCUGACGGACUUCAACGCGGCCUGGAAGACAGCCUCCGCCCGCGUCCGGGGCCCCGCACCUGGCGGGCUCUGCGUGGUCGCCCCCGGGCGGUGGAGCGCGCUUUCUAAAGGCCGGCGUCGGGGGAGUCGCUCCCAGCCUGCGUCCGCGCCGCAAGUUCUCCAGGGGCGAAGUGCUGCCCGCCCCGAGGUUCCGAGUUGCCUGGCCGGCGUGGAGCCGGCGUCUCUCCGCUUCCUCUUGGGUCGGCGCGGCGGCACGGCCGGCGAAGCUCCCCCCGGGCGCUCGGGGACCUGACCAUGGCCCGCGGCGCAGGGCGGCCGCCCACCGGGAGGCAUGGCUCGGGGGCCGGCCGCUAGCGGCGCCGCAGCCCGGGCUCCCGGGCCGGCAUGAGGACGGCCGCGGGGGGACGAGUGCGGCCCGUGGGGGUGUAGCCUACGUUGCGCUGGUGACAAAGAAGCCAUGCAGUGACACCUGUUAAGACUUGUUGGUAGCCAUGUCGGAGCCCCACAGGGUCCAGUUCACCUCUCUCCCAGGUUCUUUGAAUCCUGCAUUUUUGAAGAAAUCCCGGAAAGAGGAGGUUGGGGGAGCAGAACAGCAUCAGGACUCUGAGCCCGCUGCAGCAGCUGUUCGGAUCACACUUACCCUCUUUGAGCCAGAUCACAAGCGCUGCCCAGAGUUCUUCUACCCAGAGCUGGUGAAGAACUUACGAGGGAAGGUGAAAGGACCUCAGCCUGCAGACAAGAAGAAAGAUCUCUCGGAUCCUUUCAAUGAUGAAGAAAAGGAAAGGCAUAAAGUGGAGGCCCUUGCCCGGAAAUUUGAAGAAAAAUAUGGUGGAAAGAAACGUAGAAAAGACCGAAUACAGGACUUGAUUGAUAUGGGUUAUGGUUAUGAUGAAUCUGAUUCCUUCAUCGAUAACUCUGAGGCGUAUGAUGAGCUUGUUCCUGCUUCUUUGACUACAAAGUAUGGAGGAUUUUACAUUAACUCGGGAACGCUGCAGUUUAGACAAGCAUCAGAAUCUGAGGAUGACUUCAUUAAAGAAAAGAAGAAAAAAUCUCCAAAGAAGCGGAAGUUGAAGGAAGGUGGUGAGAAGAUAAAGAAGAAGAAAAAAGAUGACACUUAUGACAAGGAGAAGAAAUCGAAAAAGUCCAAGUUUUCCAAAGCCGGCUUCACAGCCCUCAAUGCCAGUAAGGAGAAGAAGAAAAAGAAGUAUUCUGGGGCUUUGAGCGUUAAAGAGAUGCUGAAGAAAUUUCAGAAGGAGAAAGAGGCUCAGAGAAAGAGGGACGAAGAGCAUAAGCCCGUAGCAGUCUCAUCGGUGGAAGCUCAGGGCCUGCGGGAAUUGGAGGGCGCCUCUGACCCUUUGCUCUCGCUCUUCGGCUCCACUUCUGACAACGACUUGCUGCAGGCAGCCACAGCUAUGGACUCGCUGACUGAUUUGGACUUGGAGCAGCUGCUCAGUGAGUCUCCAGAAGGAAGCCCCUUCCGCGAUAUGGAUGAUGAAAGCGAUUCCCUUGGGGUGGGACUGGACCAGGAAUUCAGGCAGCCCUCUUCCCUUCCCGAAGGCCUGCCUGCGCCCCUGGAGAAGCGCGUUAAGGAGCUGGCUCAGGCUGCCAGAGCUGCUGAGGGAGAGAGCAGACAGAAGUUCUUCACCCAGGAUAUUAAUGGCAUCCUUUUAGACAUAGAGGCGCAGACCCGGGAGCUGAGCAGCCAGACCCGUUCUGGGGUAUAUGCCUACCUUGCUUCCUUCCUGCCCUGCAGCAAAGACACCUUGGUCAAGCGCGCACGAAAACUUCACCUCUGUGAACAGGGGGGGCGUCUGAAGGAGCCUAUCCAGAAGCUUAAGGAAGCCAUUGGCAGGGCAAUGCCAGAACAGAUGGCCAAGUACCAGGAUGAAUGCCAGGCACACACGCAAGCCAAGGUCGCUAAGAUGCUGGAAGAGGAGAAAGACAAGGAGCAGAGAGAACGGGUUUGUUCUGAUGAGGAAGAAGAUGAAGAAAAGGGGGGCAAGAGGAUAAUGGGACCCCGGAAGAAAUUCCAGUGGAAUGAUGAAAUCAGGGAGCUACUCUGUCAGGUGGUGAAGAUCAAACUGGAGAGCUAUGACCUGGAGAGGAACAAGGCCCAAUCCUGGGAGGACUACGUGAAGGCGUUUCUGGAUGCUGAGGUCAAACCUCUCUGGCCCAAAGGCUGGAUGCAGGCCAGGACUCUGUUUAAGGAGAGCAGACGAGGCCACGGGCACCUGACGUCAAUCCUGGCCAAGAAGAAAGUAAUGGCCUCUUCCAAAAUGAAGAUGAAGGAAUCAUCGACUAAGCCUGAUAAAAAGGUUUCCGUCCCAUCAGGCCAGAUUGGCAGCCCCCUUGCUUUGCCUUCAGAACACCUGGGAGGAGGCCUGAGCAUUGGGGCUGCAAACAGGGAGCUCUCAUCCCAGGCAUCUGGCAGCCUUGCUAAUCCUGCUCCUAUCAACGUGGAGGACUCGUUGGAUGGAGACUUGAUCCGUAAUUCGGCCUCCUCAUUGGAGGCUGUGUCCAAGGAACUGGCUGCACUGAAUAGCAGAGCCAGCGGGAGCUCUGAGUUCACACUGCCUGCACCCUCAAAAGUGCCUGCAGAGAAAGUCGCAGGUGUUUUAUGUACAGAAGAAAAAAGGAACUUUCCGAAGCCCAACCCUUCUUCUGCCCCACCACCCUCUAGCUCUCUGCAGUCACCCCUCAAUUUUCUGGCUGAACAGGCUCUGGCACUGGGGCAGUCCUCUCAGGAGAAAAAACCGGAGAGUUCUGGCUACAAAGAACUGUCCUGUCAGGCUCCCCUCAGCAAGGGCCUGCCAGAAGUGCAGCAGUCCAAAGCAAAGCACCAUAGUUUGCCACGGACGUCUCACGCACCCCAGGCAGGGGCUCCUGUGCCCAGCCCCCAGGUCAAAGUCUUUCAUGCAGGCACUCAACAGCAGAAGAGCUUCACCCCCCCAGCUCCGUUUGUCAGUAAGCUUCAGGGCCCAAAGCCUGCCUCCCCUCAGUGUCACCGUUCCCUCCUCCAGCUCGUCAAGACAGCUACCAAAAGCCAGAGCUUCCAUCCUUCCACGCCAGUGUCUUCAGGAGGCACACCAGCCUCCAGCAGCAGCUCUCAUAAGACCCCAGCCUCGUCCUCCACUGCCCUGAGCCAUCCAGCAAAACAGCACUCAGCCAGCUCUUCAGGGCCGUCUUACAAGAACAGUCCCUUUGCUGGCUCUAUCUCCAAGCACGGGGUUUCUUCUGGCAGCUCUUCCUCUGGAGGAGCACCAGUCCAGAGCUCUGCUUCUGGGAACUUGCUCCCUGCUGUGCAGCCUCCUUCCACAGGACAGUCCGCCAGCCGACCCAUCCCAGGCUCUGCAGUGAAAAAACCACCUAUUUCCCAGAAGUUGACCCUGGUGGCCCCUCCAGGUGGUCCAAAUGGAGAUUCUAGUGGGGGGACCCAGGGAGUGGCCAAGUUACUCACCUCCUCCCUGAAGCCCAGUGCGGUGAGCAGCGUGACAUCGUCUACCUCCUUGCCAAAAGGAACGAGUGGGGCUGUGCUGCUGACCAGCUCCUCACCCUUAAAUCUACUGUCUUCAUCCUACAAGGCAGGCAGCCCAAAGCUGCCUGGGGCCUUGAACUCGAACCCCUUGGGAAUUAUCUCCCAGCUCCCCCUCCACGUAAUCUCCUUUAGCGCUGACUCCUCCGCUAAAGCAGGGGUCUCCAAGGAUGCCAUCGUCACAGGCCCUGCCCCUGGGACGUUCCACCACGGCCUCGGCCACAGUCUCCUGGCUGGCUUGCACUCCAGCCCGCCCCGCGGAGCACCUCUCCCACACGCUGCCGUGUCUACCCACAUCCCACAGAGUCUGCCAGGUAAUUUCCAGGUGGUCAGAGGGCCACACGCACUGUGGGCCAUUCCCCUCCCCCAUCAGAGGCCUUGUCUGCUGCCAAGGACAUGCUUCUCAGCUUCAUGGGAAAGGGCCCAGUGUGCCACGGAAAUUGUGACUUUCAAGGGAAAGGCUGGAAGCUGAACGAGUAGGUCUCGGAAGUCGGAUAAUAACUAUGCUCUUUCUGCCAUUGAUUUUCUUCUGGAGAAGGCGUGAGUGCUAAGUGGAGCGUCUCUUGGCAUGUGUGAUGUGCCUUCAGUUAGGCGAGCAGCCCCGUGCUUCUCUGGAGGCCCUGACCAGCCUGGUGCUCCAGGCCUCUCGCUCUGUUGCAGACAAUCGUCGGAGGGGCAGCGCUAGGCUGGGGAGCGCGCCGGGUCGUGUUCAGAGCUCUGGUGGCGGGGCAGAGCAGGUGGCGCGGCGCACCUGUGCUUCACAUCUGCCCGACCCCCUCACAUUUGGUCAGAGUACCUCAUGGCACCCUACUGGUCGGGGCUCCUUCUGGCCACAGUGGGCUCCCUGGAUGGUCACGGUGUCCGUCCAUCCUCAGGCUGUGUGCUCAACAGGACAAACCCAGGUAACAUCACAGCUGGGAGAUGUACCUUGUUCUUUGAAAAAUACACCCAAUGUGUGCUCAUCGUGGGGGCCCGUCUCUCCACUGAACAUGACAAUGAAGCUCUUUUAGAGAAAAGACCUUUGUAGAUUCAACAAUUGUGGUAGGAUUUUUAAAGACACUUAUUUUUGGCUCAGUUUUCAUCCUUACCAUUAAAUGCAUUGGAUAGAAUGGGACUAUUCUUCGCAAGUCAUGUUGUUCCUAGGAAAACAUAAUUCCAGUGCCUUUAUGGUGGAGCAGAAUUAGACACACAUCCAUUCAGCCCUCUGAGUGGAUCUCAGAUGAAGACCUUUUUUAAAGAUAUGUCUGUAUUUAAGACAUAGUUUGAGUUUUUUAUGGUUGCACAUCAUAAUCUGUGCCGUCCUGACUUGAAGGUCAUCUGGGCCCACAAAUCCCAGGUCCCAGUUCAGCCAGGGCCCCCACUUUGUUUUUCCAGAGUUCAUACAGGUGGACUGCAGAGCCCCAGAGCCCUUCUUCAUCUCUUCGAGGGCCAAGGAUAUGAGGGGUUCUAAGUCGCAGGUAGACAUUCCAGUUUAUUUAAAAACUAUUCUCAGGCAGAGCUGCAGGAACAGGCCUCUGUGAAGCAUCUGCCAUGUAGAAGCAGGCCUGGAGGUCCUGGCUUUCCAGGCAGCAGGGCUAUGCAUUGACUUCAGGGUGACAUGCUGACGAGCUUGGAGAGCACGUCAGAGACAGAUUGGGACAGUUACCCGGAGCUCAAGUCAUCCCACUGUUCCCACUCACCCAGUGGCUGCUUCACAAAGAUUUUUACGGCACUUGCCUGUCCUGUGAAGUCUGAACUGACUGCUCUAGCUAAGUGAUUUCUGAUACGUUGAGAGUAAACAGCCUCCUCAGAAUGUACGCCUGUGUGGAGACACGGGCAGCUCUCUUGGUUCCUGACUCCCAGGUUACAAUGCUUGGUAACUCACGAUUCACACAGAGUUUGCUUGGUUUCCAGGGGGAGCAAGACCUCUGCCAGCUAGUCGGCCAGGCCUGUGCUCUUUUUUACAUAAAAACCAACAUGUGUUUCACAUUGGGCUAAGUGGAUUCCUUAUCCCUUUAUUAUAUCUAUUUUUUGCAACUUGGGUUUCCAGUUUACAGAAUAGUCUUAGGUAGUAGCAAAAGAGCCAAAGAAGAGAUUUGUAUUGCUGAGCUCAGAGCCGCGCAGAGGCCGUCCGUGAACGCUGAGCAGCAGGAGAACACCCUGGUUCCCUUCCCUGCAGUGCUCCCUCCUCCCCGAGCACCACUGAGUGUGCGGCUGGAGCAGGAUACCCUCAUUCUUAGGAAUCUAGUGAUGCCUCUUGCCUCAGGGAAACGUUUCUUUGAUGGGGAGUUUAUGAGGUUUCUUUUCCUUGUUGAUGCUUUAUUUGUGGUAACGAAAGAGUGAAUGACUUAAAGAGCCACGGCAAGGCAGGUCUGUUGGCGGAGCGGGCUCGUGGGCCACGAGCAGGGCUUUUCUUGCCGGCGUUUCUUGGGUGUGAAAGGGCUGUGGCUUUCAUGCAGCGACUAUGUUGGUGUUGGGGGUGGUGUGGAAAUUGUUAAUCUUGUAUAAAACCACCCAAUAAAUUGUUUCAAGGUUUCCAAAA